AUGGCAUAUUAUGUUGGGCAUGACUCUGAUUGGGUGAGUUGUAUUGGUGCCCUUGGUUCAUUGGAGGCUGGUUCUGUCUCCAAGAAAAAUUUGGAUGAUUUCUCCAAUUUGGAUUGUCGGACUGAGCAAAUGGGCUAUCAAAUGAAUUCCCAUAAGUUUGAAGAGCAUUCACAUCUUCAAAAAAUGCCUCUUGAUGGUGUAGAAACUAUAAAGAAAUAUGAAGCAUAUGAUGAAAAUGAUAAAAAGAUGAUGUCUAAGAAUGCUAAGGCUAAGUAUGCUUUAAUAUGUGGAUUAGAUAGAGAUAUAUUUAAAAAUAUUGAGCAAGCCUCCUCGGCUCAUGAUAUGUGGAAAAUGUUAGAAGUACUUACACAAAAAGAUAUGGUCACCAAGAUUUUGAGAAGUCUCACCAAAGUCUACCAAGGCAAAGUAGUUGCCAUCCAAGAAGCCAAGGACCUCUCAACUCUACCAUUGGAAGAGCUCAUUGGUUCUCUCAUGAAUCAUGAGAUUUUCAUGAAUGCUCAAGAAGAAGAGGAAGUCGAUAAAAAGAAGAAGAACACCAUUGCAUUCAAAUCUACUUCACAUGAUGAUAGUGAAGCUAGUGAGCAUGGUGAUAGUGAUAUGGAGGAUAUAACCCUACUCACAAAGAACUUUAAGAAGUUUUUGAAGUUCAAGAAGAAUGCAAAUAGAUUUUACAACGGGAGUAACUCAAGGGAGAGCUCAAGAAAAGAUGAUCAAAUUACUUGCUAUGAAUGCAAAAAGCCCGGUCAUAUGAAAACAAAUUGUCCCUUGAGAAAGAGGAAUAGAAGAAGGGCAAUGGUGGCUACUUGGAGUGAAAGCGAGAAAGAAAGUUCUGAAGAUGAACAACAUGAGAUAACCAACACUUGCUUUAUGGCCAUUGAUGAUAAGGUAAGUAAUCCUAACCAUACAAGUGAUUUUGAAAGUGAAAGUGAUGAUGAUGCACUUGAUAUGUCUUAUGAUGAAUUAUCAAAAUCCUUCAAUGAUUUGCUUGUUGAUUUUGAAAAAUUGCUUGCUAAGAACUCAACUCAAAGAAAGAAAAUAAAUUUAUUGCUUGAAGAAGUUGAGGCUUUGAAAGUCAAAGAAAAUGAGUUUUUGAUUGAAACCCAAUGCAAAAAGUGUUCCUUAUUUGAAAAAGAUGUUGUAAACUUGAAAGCUAAAAUUGAUGAUUUAAACAAGGUGGUUUACAAUUUUACAAAAGGAAAAGAGAAUUUUGAAAUGAUGCUUGGGAGUCAAAAAUGUGCUUUUUCAAAAAGUGGUAUAGGAUAUAACACUAGUGUGAAACAAAAAUUUCUUAGGAAUUUCUUUGUCAAAUCAUCUAGUAAUUUGAACUUAACUUGCACUUAUUGUAACCAAGAUGGUCAUACUAAAUCCUAUUGUCAUGUGAAAAAGAAUGCCUAUUUUGGUAAGGCUAUUUGGAUACCAAAGGUUUUAAAGACUAACAUCAAAGGACCCAAAGUCAUGUGGGUACCAAAAAGAAAGAUAUAA